CGAGCCACCGGCGGCGUCGCACUGCACUUGGCCGUGCAGAAGCGGUACUUUCCCAUCAUCGACGUGCUCCUUGCCCACGGCGCGACGUUGGAAGCCAUGGACGCAGCGCGCGCGGGGUUCCUUCUCUCCACGAGUCACGCGGUGCUGUGCCGUGCAGUGGAGACCAACGAUAUGGACAUGCUUGGCUUCCUCUUGGCACGCGGCGCGCGCGUGCUCUCGGAAGACGGCGGGAACGCGCUGCUGCUCUCCAUCUCGCGCGGGGCCAAGAACGUCGUGCAGUGCUUUCUACAGCAUAUGCGUGCGGACGAGAGCAUCAAUACACUCCUUGCAUGGAAGGAGGACAUGGUAUCUCCCCUCGCAGUGGCGUACGACUGCAACGAGCCCGAGAUUGCACUGCAGCUGCUCGAGGCCGGGGCCAGUGCCGUCGCUGGCGAACGUAGCCACAGUGUCCUUCUCUACUGCAUCUCGUGUCUCGUCGACGCUGAGACGAUCCUCGCGCACGUGGUUCUCUUGCUCGAGCGUGGCGCUGGCGUCGACAUCCACAAAGCUAUCGACGGCGAGACGUCGGCCAUGACGGUCGCGAUCGAACGCCGCUUGUACGAAGUCGUGCUGGUCUUGGUCGCGCGCCAAGCCGAGGCCACGUCGCGUCCACCGAGCUCCUACGAUGCGCGCGUCUAUGCUCUCGCACGCGACUGCGACGACGGCGGGCACAUGCUGUCGGUACUUGGCUUGCCGUCCGUCUCGUAUGCUCCGGUGGCGGGCAAGACCGAGCCCGUGCAGCGCAUCGACUACAGCGCAGUGGACCAAAGCAUUCUCGACGCCUUGCUCCACGCGCCGCCUAUACACGCCAUGGAGACGCUCGCCAUCACGGACGAUGGCACUGCCUCGGACGACUGGCUCUUGCUCUGAUAGUUCAAAAAUGAUGAUUGGAGUGAAUGAAAACCAAGAAAAUGUUUCUUUCAUUAUUGAUGACAACAAGUUCGUUUGUGC